AUGGCCACAGCAGAAGAGAAAGGUGAGAACACUGUUGGCCUUGAGUAUGUUCAUAAAGCUGAAAACCUUGUGUAUAAAGCAAAAGGCAAGGGUUCUGCUGCAGUGAUCAUUAAAUCUGCUACAGUGUUAGAAGAACCUGAAAAGUUAAGUUCAGAAAAGGCUUUUAUGUAUCUAGUGGAUAGUCGCUGGUUCAAACAGUGGAAAAAAUAUGUUGGUUUUGACAGCUGGGACAAAUACCAGAUGGGAGAUCAGAAUGUGUACCCUGGUCCUAUUGAUAAUUCUGGACUUCUCAAAGAUGGUGAUUCUCAGUCCCUCAAGGAACAUCUCAUUGAUGAGCUGGACUACAUCCUUUUGCCAACUGAAGGCUGGAAUAGGCUAGUUAGCUGGUACACACUGAUGGAAGGUCAAGAGCCAAUAGCACGCAAGGUCGUUGAACAGGGUAUGUUUGUAAAGCACUGCAAAGUAGAAGUAUAUCUAACAGAAUUAAAGCUUUGUGAAAAUGGAAAUAUGAACAAUGUUGUCACACGAAGAUUUAGUAAAGCUGAUACAAUAGACACAAUUGAAAAAGAGAUAAGAAAAAUCUUCAAUAUUCCAGGUGAAAAAGAGACCAGAUUGUGGAACAAAUACAUGAGUAAUACUUUUGAACCUUUGAAUAAACCAGACAGUACCAUACAGGAUGCUGGUUUAUACCAGGGACAGGUACUGGUGAUAGAACAGAAGAAUGAGGAUGGAACAUGGCCAAGAGGUCCUUCAACUCCUAAGUCCCCAGGUGCAUCCAAUUUUUCAACUUUACCAAAGAUCUCUCCAUCUCUAUCAAAUAAUUAUAACAACAUGAACAACAGAAAUGUGAAAAAUUCAAACUAUUGUCUCCCAUCAUAUACUGCUUAUAAGAAUUAUGAUUAUUCAGAGCCAGGAAGACACAAUGAGCAGCCAGGCCUAUGUGGCCUGAGUAACUUGGGGAAUACGUGUUUUAUGAAUUCAGCAAUUCAGUGUCUGAGCAACACACCUCCUCUUACAGAAUACUUCCUCAAUGAUAAAUACCAAGAAGAGCUGAAUUUUGACAAUCCUUUAGGAAUGCGAGGUGAAAUAGCAAAAUCUUAUGCAGAGCUUAUCAAGCAAAUGUGGUCAGGAAAAUACAGCUAUGUUACCCCAAGAGCAUUUAAGACACAAGUGGGACGAUUUGCCCCACAAUUUUCUGGUUAUCAGCAACAAGAUUGUCAAGAGCUACUGGCUUUUCUCUUGGAUGGAUUACAUGAGGAUUUGAAUCGAAUUAGAAAAAAGCCUUACAUUCAGUUAAAGGAUGCCGAUGGGAGACCAGACAAGGUGGUCGCUGAAGAAGCCUGGGAAAACCAUUUAAAAAGAAAUGAUUCCAUCAUUGUAGAUAUAUUUCAUGGCCUUUUUAAAUCCACCCUAGUUUGUCCUGAAUGUGCUAAGAUAUCUGUAACCUUUGAUCCCUUUUGUUACUUGACACUUCCAUUACCCAUGAAAAAAGAACGCACUUUGGAAGUUUAUUUAGUUAGAACGGAUCCACUUGCAAAGCCUAUGCAGUACAAAGUAGUUGUUCCCAAAAUUGGAAAUAUAUUGGAUCUUUGCACAGCAUUGUCAGCUUUGUCUGGUGUUGCUGCAGAUAAGAUGAUUGUUACUGAUAUAUACAAUCACAGGUUCCACAGGAUAUUUGGCAUGGAUGAAAAUCUAAGUAGUAUUAUGGAACGUGAUGACAUUUAUGUAUUUGAAAUUGCUAUCAAUAGAACAGAAGAUACAGAACAAGUUAUAAUUCCUGUUUGUUUAAGGGAAAAGUGCAGGCACACUAGCUACAGCCAUAGUGGUUCUUCACUGUUUGGUCAACCUUUUCUCAUAGCAGUGCCUAGAAACAAUACUGAAGAUAAACUGUAUAACCUGCUGCUGCUAAGAAUGUGCCGAUAUGUAAAAACAUGUACUGAAACUGAAGACACUGAAGGAUCCCUACAUUGCUGUAAGGACCAUGGUAUCAAUGGUAAUGGCCCAAAUGGAAUACAUGAAGAGGGAUCGCCAAGUGAAAUGGAAACAGAUGAACAAGAUGAUGAAUCCAGCCAGGAUCAGGAACUUCCUUCAGAGAAUGAAAACAGCCAGUCAGAAGACUCAGUUGGAGGUGACAAUGACUCUGAAAAUGGAUUAUGUUCUGAGGAUACUUGCAAAGGUCAACCACUCACAGGACACAAAAAGCGAUUGUUUACAUUCCAGUUCAAUAAUUUAGGCAAUACUGACAUAAACUACAUCAAAGAUGAUACCAGGCAUAUUAGAUUUGAUGAUAGGCAACCUAGGCUUGACGAAAGAUCUUUCCUUGCUUUGGAUUGGGAUCCUGAAUUGAAGAAGAGAUACUUUGAUGAUAGUGCAGCAGAGGAUUUUGAAAAACAUGAAAGUGUGGAAUAUAAGCCUCCCAAAAAGCCUUUUGUGAAAUUAAAAGAUUGCAUUGAGCUGUUUACAACAAAGGAAAAACUAGGUGCUGAAGACCCAUGGUAUUGUCCAAACUGUAAAGAACAUCAGCAAGCUACCAAGAAGUUAGACUUGUGGUCACUGCCCCCCGUACUGGUAGUUCAUCUAAAGCGCUUUUCCUACAGCAGAUACAUGAGGGACAAGUUGGACACAUUGGUUGGCUUUCCAGUAAACGACUUGGACAUGUCAGAGUUCCUUAUUAAUCCCAAUGCAGGGCCUUGCCGCUACAACUUGAUUGCUGUCUCCAACCACUAUGGAGGAAUGGGAGGAGGGCAUUAUACUGCUUUUGCAAAAAAUAAGGAUGAUGGAAAAUGGUACUACUUUGAUGACAGUAGUGUGUCCACUGCAUGUGAGGACCAAAUAGUGUCCAAAGCAGCAUAUGUGCUUUUCUACCAGAGACAAGACACAAUCAGUGGAACUGGCUUUUUCCCUCUUGACCGGGAAUCUAAACAAGGUGCUUCAGCUGCUACAGGCAUCCCACUAGAAAGUGAUGAAGACAGCAACGAAAACGAUAAUGAUAUAGAAAAUGAAAAUUGUAUGCACACUAACUAAUGGAAGAACUAGAAGCCAUAAAAGAGACUUUCUUACUGGGGAUACCUAUUGAAAGAGUGAAAUUGCCCAGCAAAUUAAGAAUAAAAAUCUGAGAUGGGGAAUUUCAGAUAACAGAAUGUAAAUCUUUAUUACAUUUUAACAUGUGCAGUACUUGAAGUGAAACAAUAAAAACUUAAACAGAAA